AUGGUUCUCGCAGACUUGGGUCGCAAACUCAAUGCUGCUCUGUCCUCGCUGAGUAGGGCGCCGGUCGUCGAUGAAAAGGUCCUGGAUGCUACGCUGAAGGAGAUAUGUGCUGCGCUCUUAGAAUCGGACGUGAACGUGAAGCUUGUCGCGUCAUUGCGGGCCAAGGUCAAGGCGAAAGUGAAGGCCUCAUUGGACAGCAGCUCGGACAAGGUCAAGGAUGUCAACAAGAAAAAUAUCCUACAGAAAGCGGUAUUCGACGAGCUGGUGCAUUUGGUAGACCCCGGAGUGGAGCCAUAUAAGCCUGUAAAGGGUAAGCCCAAUGUCAUUAUGGCAGUGGGCUUGCAGGGUAACGGUAAGACGACGACAUGUACAAAGCUCGCCGUGUACUACCAGAAGCGCGGAUUUAAGUCCUGCAUUGUCUGCGCCGACACCUUCCGAGCCGGGGCUUUCGACCAAACCCGACAAUCCGCGACGAAGGCUAAGGUAGCAUACUUCGGGUCGUACACUGAAACGGAUCCCGUUGCCAUUGCCGCCCAAGGUGUCGCAAAAUUCAAGAAGGAGCGCUUCGAUGUAAUCAUUGUCGACACGUCCGGGCGGCACAAGCAAGAAUCAGAGCUGUUCGAAGAGAUGGUACAGAUUGGCGAGGCCGUCAAGCCUAAUAUGACUGUCUUAAUUCUGGAUGCUAGCAUUGGUCAGGCCGCUGAGGCUCAAAGUCGCGCGUUCAAGGAGACUGCAAACUUUGGUGCCAUAAUCGUUACCAAAAUGGACGGUCACGCCAAGGGCGGAGGAGCCAUAUCUGCAGUGGCUGCGACCAAGACACCGAUUAUCUUCCUGGGUACUGGAGAACACUUGACGGACCUGGAUCGGUUCUCUCCGCAACCGUUCAUCUCCAAGCUCCUGGGUCUGGGGGAUAUGCAGGGCUUGAUGGAGCACAUGCAAGACUUGGCACAGCAAAACCCCGACAAGCAGAAGGAAAUGGCCAAGAAGCUUGAAGAGGGCAGAUUGUCAAUACGGGAUUGGCGAGAGCAGAUCCAGAAUGUCAUGAAUAUGGGCCCAAUAAGCAAAAUUGCCUCCAUGAUUCCCGGUCUUCCACAGGAAAUGCUGCAAGGCUCCGACGAAGAAGGCGCUAUGCGAAUGAAGCGCAUGAUAUACAUCACCGACAGUAUGACCGCCUCCGAACUCGACUCUGACGGGACGCCCUUCCUGGAACUCGGGAAGGACGGCAAGCCCGUAGGGCUGACAUGGCGCGUGACGCGGGUAGCAAGAGGAAGCGGUACCAGUGUGCGCGAGGUCGAGGAACUGCUGUGCCAGUACCGCAUGAUGGCGAACAUGGCGAAGCAGGCUGGCGGUAAGCACGGGUGGCUACAGGGCAUCCAGAAGAUGCAGCAAGCUGCUGGGGGACGUGGGCGGGGUCCAAAUGGCAUGCCGACGCCUGCGCAGAUCGAACAGAUGAAGCGAGCAAUGCCUCCGGGUAUGCUACAGCAGAUGCAGAAGCAGAUGCGUGGUGGAGGUAUGCAGGAGAUGAUGAAAGCAAUGAUGCAGGGCCAGGGCGGCGACCAGCUCGACAUGGAGGAGAUGCAACGCAUGAUGUCCCAAAUGGGUGGAGGACUGGGUGGUUUGGGCGGACUUGGUGGCCUAGGCGGCCUCGGCGGGAUGGGCGGGAUGCCCAAUAUGAACGAUAUGUUCAAGAUGAUGGGUAUGGGUGGCGGCGGGCGGUGA